GCAGUACUGAGAUAGGGAGAGAGUCUCCUGGCCGGGAAGGACGUGGCCAGUACGUGUAGUUGAGACUGAUAUUCAAAUGGCUUCUCUGGCAGCAUCGACAGCGGCCGCCUCCCUCGGCAUGUCUGAAUUGCUCGGAAACAGCCUGAUCAACUUCACCGGGGCAGCGAGGUUGGCCCCUUCAGCCAACACCCAAGCCACCUUCAAGACAGUCGCACUCUUCUCCAAGAAGAAGGCCGCACCACCUCCCAAGGCCAAGGCUGUUGCUCCCGCUGACGAAGAGCUCGCCAAGUGGUAUGGUCCUGAUAGAAGAAUCUUCUUGCCGUCGGGGCUCUUGGACCGAUCAGAGAUCCCAGAGUACUUGACUGGAGAAGUUCCUGGAGAUUAUGGAUAUGAUCCUUUUGGGCUUGGCAAGAAGCCAGAAAACUUCAGCAAAUACCAAGCAUAUGAGCUGAUCCACGCUCGGUGGGCUAUGCUUGGUGCAGCCGGAUUCAUCAUUCCAGAGGCCUUCAACAAAUUCGGAGCUAACUGCGGCCCUGAGGCUGUUUGGUUCAAGACAGGAGCUCUACUCCUUGAUGGGAACACACUGAAUUACUUUGGGAAGAACAUACCGAUUAAUCUUAUCUUCGCUGUUGUUGCUGAGGUUGUUCUUCUUGGUGGAGCUGAAUACUACAGAAUCACUAACGGUUUGGAAUUGGAGGACAAGCUUCACCCAGGUGGUCCUUUUGACCCAUUGGGGCUGGCUAAGGAUCCAGACCAGGCUGCAUUGCUAAAGGUGAAGGAGAUUAAGAACGGAAGACUUGCCAUGUUUUCCAUGCUCGGUUUCUUCCUCCAAGCGUAUGUCACCGGAGAAGGUCCUGUCGAAAACCUAUCGAAGCAUCUCAGCGAUCCCUUCGGCAACAACUUGCUUACUGUCAUUGGUGGAUCUAUCGAAAGAGCUCCAACCCUGUAAUUCUAAGUUUCCUCUUUAUUCUCCUCCAAUCAAAAUUAAAAGCAUUGUAUAUCACAUUGAGUCCUUUUAAGGGCUUUUAACCUUGAUCUUUAAAUGGAAUUGCUCUAUCUUUUCACCCACGUUACAACGCUGGUUGUUGUUGAUAGAACUAUUAUAUUUCUUCGGGGCUAAGCCAAAUUAUCAUCCUGUGCCGAUUCGUGACAUUCAAUUGUCACUUGUCUGUUU